CGGGUGUGAGAAUGUGACAUUGUGGUGCAUAACACUGUAGUAUGCAACACCCAAAGAGAAACAUAGUAGCUGGAAUAUUCAAGUAUGGGGAAGUUUUGCCUUCACUGAAAGUGGACGCCUCCCAGUGAAUAGAUUUCAUCCUGUACAAGAAGCAAGCAAGUUUGUUCUGAGCAUGUCAACAUGCUGGAAUAAGAUGGGUAACGUUUUGAACACAUUUUCAAUUUCUGUGCAGAGGAAGACUGGAUUAAACAGUGAGGCACUAAAAAUAUAUUUUUCAGAUAAUCAGAUUUGAACUCAAACAAAAUUCUGAUUUCCCUGUAAAACAGAUGUAAAAUUUCUUGAAUUCUUUUAUUGUUUUUCGAUCAAAAAUUAAAAUCCACCAGUUACUAAAAUCUUUAAUGACACUUUAUCACAGAAAGGAGCUAAGUGUAAACAAACAGGAUUGUGGAUUCCUGAAAUAAUCCACAGAGAACAUUUAUAGUUUUACAUAAAGGAAAAAAAGAAAUUGUAACUUUUUUUUUCUUUCAACUUUAGGCUCCCACGCUGAACUAGUUCCACACAACUCUUUCAUUCUCAUACGGUUACUUCCUGUUUCAGCUUUCUCUGCUACUUCAGCACUGUUGGAACUUUUUUUUUUCACACUGUUUUUGGCACUUGUGAUUUGCAGGGAGGUGUGUCUUGCGGUUUCUAACACUCAUACAGUCACUUCCCCCACUUCUACAUUUCACACUCACGCAAAACAUGCACGAAAUCAACGUGGCUCAAAAUGGCACGAAAUGGAACAGAAGCUGACACGGUGUACGCCGUAGUUUAUGGAUCUGUUAUAACGCUUGGACUGCCUCUCAACGCUCUGUCGCUAUGGAUUCUUCUUCGCCACCACGGCCGCAAAUCACCCAACGCUGUCUUCAUGAUCAACCUGGUGAUCUCAGACCUCCUGCUCAUCAUCUCCUUACCAAUGAAGGUCUACUUUUAUGCUACACACAAAUGGCCUCUGGGAAACAUGGCGUGCGUAUGGCUCACAAUGCUUUUUCGCAACAACAUCCGCUCCAGCGCAGUCUUCAUCACCUUCAUCAGCAUCGACCGGCUGCUGGCUGUAGUCUACCCUCUGAAGUCACGCCAACUUCGGUCCUCGUCCAACGCCACAAAAGGAGCUGUGCUCGUCUGGCUGAUUGUGGUGAUGGUGAAUAUCCCAGAGAGUCUGAACCUUUUAAAUUAUUUGAAAAACAACACUUCGAAUGUUUCCACUUGUUUUGAUGACAAGAAGGACUUCUUUCCUCCAAUAGCGUAUUUUCAGCUUGUGUUACUCUUCACCCUGCUGUUCAUCAACAUUGUGUCCACAGUUCUGGUGUCUUUGACUCUAAACAGACAUUUGAAUAUCAGCACAAGGAUCAACAACAGAGUGAACGUCAUGCUGAUUUUUGCCAUGAACUUGUUGAUGUUCAGUAUAUUUUUCUUGCCCGUGUCCUUGACUGUUUUCUUUGAUAAUAAACGGGCUCUGAAUUGUCUUGCCAGUGUGAACUGCUGUCUGGAUCCACUGUUGUAUUACUUCUCAUUUGAUGGUUUCUGGAAGAAAAAAGAGGACACAGACAGGUCUACUGAAUAGUCAUCGAACAUGACCAGUCAGAUUUCCCAGUUUCUUGUGAGAAUGUUUCACAGUAAGGUUGUAAGGGGAAAUGAAUAUCAGUAUUUAAGAAGGCCAGUUCUGCAUGUCAUUUAUCUAGCUAUCUAGUUUUGCAUUGUUUUUGUUUUUACAGUGUAUAAGCUCUCCUGUUGCCUUGGAAAUGUAAACUAAUGUGUAAUAAGUACCAAAAUUAACAACUUUUGUUAGUUCCAUCAGACAAAGUUUGCUCUAAAUGUUGCUCUUAAAUAUAUAAAUAUUAAAUACUUGGCAAGUCAGAGAUUAUGCCAGAGUCUGUUUGCAUCACUGUGUUGGCUUGUCUUGAGUCAUUAUGUGAAAUAGAUGUGCAAAGCGGCUUUUUACUGUUUUAGGUUUUCAAAACAGUUCAAUCACAAAUGCUUUACAAGCUGUCAUGAACCUCACUGACUAUGUUAGCAACUCUCAAACCUGCGUUUUUUCCCUAAGAUUGAGUGGAAAUUACUUAAAUUGAUGCAUGCCUUUGACGGCAUCAGAAUGAACUUUUUUGAGGCUGUAAGGAUUGGUGCAGCUGCUGCUGUUGCAGAAAGUGACAGCUGUGCAUGAGAGCUAAAAUUUACACAUAGAAAUAUAAAUGAUCACCGUGAACUGCCUGAAUUGCUUGCAGGCAAAAUCACUCAGAUGUUCUAAGUUGCACUAAAUUAUCAUGUUUAUUAUAUCUGAUAUGGAAGAAAAAAAAUCUUUACUUCUGGUAUCAUUUGAUGUAUAUAAUUUUUUUUCUAGAUACAGGUGCGAAUAUUAAUUCAUUCUAGCGCUAAAACAGCACCCCUUGUUUUUUUAGUUUUUCAUUUUUUUUUUUUGAUUUAUUGUUCAAAUCAUGCUCUAAAGCUGACUACUGACAGGAUAUUUUUACGAUCAAGCUCCAAGUUAAGAUGGGAUGGACAUGUGUGACAGGCAUGUCAGGAACCUGCAUGCAGGACAUCUCCAGGUGAGCACACAGUUGCUGGCGCUUUCAAUGAAGCGAUGUCAACUAUCCCUGGUAUUUACUGUCAUUCCUUUAUAUACGCAGCAGAUAUGAAAACGGGGCAUUUUUAUUUUUGUGAUAAGACCUUCUUUUGAUUACCUUUAUAAUCAUUUGGCAAGUCAAGUGUGUGUCUUUGGGUAUAAAUCCUUCAAUGCAGCUGAGGCUGUUGUGCUUUUUUGUCAGCAUCUUAGUACGGAGGCCAGCAGCACUCCAGUCCUACACAGCAAAAUCUCCAGUGUUAAAUUAACACUAGAGAGUGUCUAUAUGGGUCCACACCUCUGA